CUGCCUGGACGCUCUGUUCCACUCCCCGGUGCCAUCGUCCGUCCCAAGAUUCCUGUCAUUCCUCACAUCCCAUCCAGUGCUUACUCAUACAGAGAUAUGCGUACACAUACAUACAUACUUACAUACAUGUAUAGGACACCAGCCUCGCUCUCUCUCCCUCUUUCUCUCUCUCUAUAUAUAUCAUGCCUGGUUGGGAUUCGCAAACGCCUCGAUCCUAAGCCUCACACAUCACACGAAGCCCGGCAGUCUGGGGAAAGGACGAACCCUCCAUCCCUCUCCUUUCUCACACCUCUGCACGCCUUUACAGACCAGUCAAGUUCGAGGAGGCAGAGGGGAACGGGGAGCGAAAGCCCCAAGAGGGGUGUGUGUGGCGUUAGACUUUUUGAUCUGCUGCCAUCCCACUCACAGAACAGCAACCAGUGGUCCAUCGCCGCCACGGAGCAUCGUCGAUCAUUAAUAGACAAUGCCAAGUACUAUCGUCAAAACCUUAAUACUUCCUUCUCCUUGCCCUUGCUCUUCCCCUUCCCCUCCCAUGCUUGCCUCAGACCUCCUCCUAUCAUUCAUCUCUCGCUCGCACUCCCACUGCUCGCCUCGGACUCGAACUUUACGGGCCCUGUCUCAAGGGGGUCACGGGUCGUCAGAUCCUCGACGACCCGGUCCCAGAUAAGCUUCGGCGGACAAAUUUCCCUAAGAUGGGCGAGAGAGAGAGAGAGAGAGAGAGAGGAGGGGGGUGGUCCCAUCUGUACAUCUUCUCGUGUUCCGCGCUUCCUCUCAUAUCAAAACAUUGCGACGCCCCAGCGAUCGAUCACGAAGCGGGUGCCGCCCAGCCAGAACACCACGCUACCGGGCGGCCGCUCCUUGUUCUGGGACGGACAAGGUCACGACGAGACGACGGCGCAUAUUGGCGUGUGCUUCUUCUGGGGCCACCCUCUUCCUGUCGCUUCGUCGGACGGCUCACGACACGCCUCGCGCAGCGCUGUCGUCGCCUCUGUACGGCUGGGUCUUGGCGCCGUUUUUUUCUUCCUCCUCCUCGAACUGCAGGUACUGACUGACCUGAAUGGUCUGCCAGGCAGGCUUUCGGCGGUAUUCCCUGCUUGCUCUUGGCCAAUGAUGGGCCCUCUCGUCCUCCCUGUCUCCUGCCUUGUACUUGUAUGUACGCACCCCCUGUUGCUGAACAACACUUUUGGAGACGAAUGGCCGACCUAACUGCCUCCCAAAACCGGGGGCUAUUACAGAUAUUGCUAAGUUGAAGCGAAAACUGGGCUGGUGAAUGGAGUAUGAUCUUCUGGCCCUCUUCCUGUUGCUUGAGCCGACAAACCGGACUGGAUUCCCCCACCCCCUUUGCACGCCCUUUUCU